CACACUUCUUUAGCGCUCUCUCUCUCUCUCUCUCUCUCUCUCUCUCUCUUUAUCUUCCUCUCUUUUGCAAAAUCAAAUUCCUCAAACUUCACAUUUUACAAACACUCUCUUCUUUCUCAUAUCAAACACAACAAGAAACUAAAAAUAUCACUGCAGAAAAGAAAUAGAAAUUAGUUACGAAGCUCGUCCUAAUCUGCACUAAAUUGCUCGUAGCUAGCAUAAAUUUUUGAUAAUCUACUUAUUCGUCACUUAAUAGCAACAGAUUUUGCUGUUUAACUACAAAAUUUAUCUGUCGCUAAUUCCUGUUUUUUUUCAGUACUGAAUGGACGGAAGUUGCAUGGAUCAAGAGAUCAGCACAAUUAGUGAUUCUUCAUCAAUUGCUCCGUCACUAACAUCAACUUUUCCGGCGAGUUUGCACCGAAUGGGAAGUGGAGGCAGCGUUAUAAUAGACGCAGAAUUAAAUGGUAUAGAAGCAGAGUCCAAGAAUAAUAAUAAUAAUAAACUUCCUUCUUCAAGAUUCAAAGGUGUAGUCCCUCAGCCAAAUGGUCGAUGGGGUGCACAAAUAUACGAGAAACAUCAAAGAAUUUGGCUUGGAACUUUCAACAAUGAAGAUGAAGCAGCAAAAGCUUAUGAUAUCGCCGCACAGAGAUUCCGUGGCAGAGACGCCGUAACGAAUUUCAAGCCCUUGUUUGAUAAUUGCAAAAAAGAGGAAAUUGAGAUUGAGAUAUCGUUUUUGAAUUCUCGUUCUAAGGCAGAAAUCGUCGACAUGCUACGUAAACACACGUAUAGUGACGAACUUGAACAUAUGAAAAAGGUUUAUACUUUCGAGAAUAAUGGAAAAAGCAGUGGGGCGACUUUUUCAUUUAAUAAUGAAAAAGUCACGAACAGAGCUCGCGAACUGCUUUUUGAAAAAGCAGUUACACCGAGCGAUGUGGGAAAGCUUAAUAGGCUUGUGAUUCCCAAACAACACGCAGAGAGAUAUUUCCCUUUGAGGGAAAAUGGUGAUAGUAGUACUUCUAAAGGGGUGUUGCUAAAUUUGGAAGAUAUGAAUGGGAAAGUUUGGAGAUUUCGAUAUUCGUAUUGGAAUAGUAGCCAAAGUUACGUGCUAACUAAAGGGUGGAGUCGUUUUGUUAAGGAGAAGAAGUUGAAGGCUGGAGAUAUUGUUAGUUUUGAACGAUCUACUGGAGUUGGAGUUGAUGAUAAGCGGCUUUAUAUUGACUGGAAGGCUAGAAAAUCUAGCGGUCCAGUUUUGGAUAAAAUACAAGUUCAAGUUGAGCCAGUAAAAAUGGUGAGAUUAUUUGGAGUUAAUAUAUGCAAGGUACAAGAUGUAAGUGGUAAUGUUGUUGAAAAUAAUUGCAAUAGUGGCGGUGGUGGCAAAAGAAUGAGGGAGAUGGAGUUGUUGGCAUUUGAGUGUAGCAAGAAACAAAGGGUUAUAAUUGAUGCCUUGUGAACACUAACUAUAUUUUUCUUUUGUUUGUAAUUUUUUUUCUUUUUUUCUUUUUGUACUUCAAGCCGGCUCUUAGAUGUUCCAAUUGCUAACUAUCAAUUGUACAUUAGUAUUAUUAGAAAAAGGAUGGCUCAAAAGGAGAGCUUAUCUCAAUUAUUAUGAAAACACACAUGAAAGAAGGAACUAGAGACAAGAAAUUAAUUUUUA